GUUGAUCCCACUGAUAUAGCUGAGAUAUCACCAGAUCAACUUCAACAAGUUCUUCGAAAAACCGCGCUUCAAGUGUACAAGACUACUGUCAACUGCUUGAACUCGAACCCUAACUUCAUGUAUGUGGAUGAACCGAUUGAGGUAGAAGUCCCGGUGGCGCAUGAUGAUGAUGAUGAUGUUUUCAUCUGGAUUGGGAAGACCAGAGCAGCUUUUGUGAACCGGAGUCACCUGUGGCGUGGACGUGACAUCAGCUUAUCCUUCAGGGGUCGAGUUUACAACUCUGCGGUGCGCUCCAUAUACGGCCCCUGCGCGCCGAGGGCGUCAAAAGACUUUCAGUGUUUGACCAUCGAUGUCUUCGGAGCAUGGUCCGAGUCUGGUGGGAACACCGGAUCAGCAAUUCUGAAGAAGACAAUCUGCCCAGCACGUAUGUCCACAAAACGCACUCCUUCGUCUGGGAGGAACAAAUGGCAGCCACCGGGUUCUAUAAGUUUUUCCGCUGCUCAAGACGAAGAUAUAAGUGGUCUGGAUGAAGCGGUUCAAAGCUUUAGUAGAGCUAACCAAGCAGUUUUACCGAAUAUUUCGUCAGCCACUGGACCUCCGCGCCUUUCCAAUCCUGUAACUUUGGCUCCCGAUUCUGGACUACAACAACCAGCUCUUGAUAACAACUCCCCGGUGUCGUUUGAGCUUGCGGUGGAUGCCACUUCAAUCAUGGAUGAUGAACUGGGAUCGGUGGCGGCGCAAACAUCCGUGUCUAACUUACUGAUGGACGCUCUAAAUGAUGGGCCAUCUGACGUCACUGUCGCUGCGACCAAGCUGCAACAAGACACUGUUGCUACAGAUCCAAUCGUAAUCACUGGGCGAUCGUUGGAUUCCGAAGCAGACGUUCUUGUGCACCAUGUUUUACCCAGAUCUUCUGCACCGGAUAUUUGUAUGGUUCCUACUGCGUCCAACUUGGAUGAUCCGUUCACCUCUCCAUCUGCACCAAUCCGGCCACCUCCGUUCCAACCACGAGCCCCACCUGAACCGGUGGCAGCCGCAGAUAUCCACGCACUCUUAGAUUCCUUUACACCGCCUAAGGGGAAUGGAAUUCUUGAUUCAGAGCCCAGCAAGCGGACAGCGCCGCCUAUACCACCUUGCUUUAUUGCUCCAACCAGUUCAUCUAGUUUGGAGGAAGAUCCGCUGAACAUUAGUGAUCAGCCACUGUCUUUUGGUGGGGAUACGCAACCGAACGAUGGGGCGUCAAUGUUUCCUGAUCAGACACACGCUCCUGAGUUCGGCAGAGGUGCAUCCAGGUCUAGAAGCGAAUCUCUGGGUUCCUUGGGGAAACUAACCACUCAUCUUCCUCCGACAGCUGCGACUGUUGCUCAUAGCUCUUUAAGUGAAGAUGUACCACGUGUGACAAGACGCGUAAAACCUCGUCGGUCCCCAAAGUCUGGUACCAGUGUCCUUACGGGAACUGGGCUCUUUUUCGCCGCAGGCCUUGUCCUCAUUCUUGCGUCGUUCUAUUUUUUCUCGGCGUUUGCUUGGGGCUUGGCGUUCGGGAUCAUCUGCACUUUGCUCGUAACUUGGCUGCAUCGUAUAAUUUGGCCCAGUUCUGCCGACUCAGACAUUCCGCUGUGUCACAUUUCUGGCCUGCCCUUAGGUGAAUUGUGUUGCUCCCUGCACUGCCAAUCGGUGGCACCAGGCUGCGCUCCGAGUAGAACAACAUGGUGGCCCAUUUUUGCUCCGGCCAUUCCUCCAUUACGCAAAAAUCCGCCACGGUUGCGUGACUUACAGCCACUAACUGUUCCGUACAUGAAGGAUGAAGAUGUCAGCUCAUCGGCUUUGAGUGGGCCUUUGGGUACUGGGCUUGGCUUCAGGUUUGACAAAGCCGACCGACCCAUUUACAAGGGGUGGAUGAAUGAAGUUUCCGAAUAUGAUCCCGAAACACACCACGUCAGUCGGACGCAUUCGGUAUUCGUCACCCUGGACGGGACACAGCUCCGUCUACAACGCCCACGUCGGAAUAUUUCCAGACGUUCAAUGUGGAAUGAAGAGUUACCAUCCGGAUUAUCAACGCGAUUUCAGAACCAGCGUAUUUUCGAUUUGGUGCAAGCACGUGUAACAUUACUGCCAUCGGGGCUGGUGUCAAAGCGUCUUUGGAGCAAAAAGUACCCUAUUGCCAUCACGUUACCUCUUCAGCUGAACAGAAAGACGAGUGAGACGUUGGGCUCAAAGCAAUCCCUGCCAUCUUCAGUCAGUGUACCAAACAUGCGCAUGCAGUCUGUGGCUAGCGCUUCGCAGUCACCAAUCAAACAUCAUUCCCAGGCGGCAACGGCUGAGACUGUACGAAGGAAGGACAAUUCACAAUCACAUACUUCAACUGACCUGGUUGGAGAUGAUUUCUACGUCGUAUCGCACGGCGAUGCCUCAGUGGAGACGCUGUACCUUUUUGGUAGAACGUGUCGUGAGAAAGAAGCCUGGUAUGGACGUCUUCGUGCAGCUUCCCUAGGCGUACCUUUGUUUUGGACACCACAGUUGGCUGUGCAAACGUUCCUGUCCUCUUCGGCUGGUAUGCAAGAACAGCGCAGUGAUGAAGAUGUUCGGUCGGAGGUUGAGGCUAGUAUGACUGAUUCCAGUGUCGAGCUAACCACAAUUUCAUCUGAUAAAUCAAUUCCGGCAGUAUCGCCUUACAUGAACAUUCCGGGUAGUCGCGAUCCUCUGUACGUCAGCUACGUCCGAUACAUGGCUAAAUACAUGCCCGCCGAUUGGUUGCUUCGAGGCAGCCAAGCCCUUCGUUUGAAUGUAAACUACAUCAGUUGCGAUCCUUCUCUCUUAUGGUUGAAUGCCUUUUUAGCGAGGAUUUUCUGGGACUUUUUGCGCGAGGUGUAUUGGCUUGAACGUGUUCGGGAUAAGAUGCAAGCAAAAUUAAAGAAAAUUCACUUGCCUCCAUUCAUCAGUGAUCUGGUCGUGGUCGGUAUUGAUUUAGGGUCCGAGUUGCCCGUCAUUCGCCGUAUUGGCCGGCCACAUUUGGAUGCUCAUGGACUGUGGUUCGAACUUGAGGUUGCCUACGCCGGUGGCUUUUCCGUUGCACUGGAAACCAAUGUCAAUCUGCUUCGUUGGAACCAGAAAAACCGAAUCGAACGUGAAGCAGCUAAUCUAGCCGAUGACACCUCAGGUGCUUUAUCUUCGUCCGGUUCGGUGACUCCGGAUCCAAACCUUUUCCCGCCUCUCCGACGGUCCUCCAGACUUGGUGCUUUCUUAUCAGACGAAGAGGACAGUGCUGACUCAACGACCGACUCAGAUGUUCCCGUUGAAAUGCAGCCAACGGGCCAAAGUUCUACACGUCGGCCCAGUGUUUCUCGCCUUGCUAGUCAGACAGGACCAGUUACUGCGAUGGGCAUGACGUCACUAGAUGAGGAGAGACCCAGUGGUUCAGAGAGCCCCAACGCCGGUGAAGGCCCUCGCAAGACGCUGCUUCCUCCGGCUCGUACUCUCCAAUUGCCGUCGGCUUUACCAAGUCGAAGACGUUUUAUACGCCUUGUCGAUCGGAUCGCUCGUUCAUCCUACUUUCAAAAAGCUGUUGAUAACAAACUAGUCCAACGUGGUAUGGAACUGCUGUCUAACACACCGAUCGUCCUCGAGGCAGAAAUUCAAGCCCUUAGUGGCACAUUGCUGGUGAAUAUACCUCCUCCCCCAAGUGAUCGUCUGUGGUACGGAUUCCAACCCAAUCCACAGCUGCGGUUGAAGGCUCGUCCUCGUGUUGGCGAAAAGGCCGUUACAAUGUCGCGAAUUCUCGAAUGGAUUGAAAAUCGCGUGGCGCUAGAAUUUCAGCGUCUCCUUGUUCUCCCGAACAUGGACGAUGUAUCUAUACCUCUACUGCUGUCUGAUGUGACCGCUGGGGAGGCCAAAUGAUGAACUCCUGGUGAUUUGAUCUUCGUUCAGCUUGUUGAAAACCAGUGAACAGUUCACAAAAGCGGCACGCGUUUAGGACCCAGUCACUUUUUACGGCCGACCGCCACAUAUGUGGUUUUGUCUUUCAUAUUGUCAGUGAGCUUUUUGUGCUAUCUCAAGGAGCUUCAUUUCCACCCACUCCAAACGUCUUCUGCUGCACUCGUGUACGAAUGUGUCAAGCCACAAGCUGCUGUACACCCUCAGCCCUAUUUACAUAUGAUUUUCACCUUUGUUCGUAUUAUUUCUACCGUCAUUCAUUUAGUUAAUGUUAUUUCUGGGAUCACUCCGUUUGUUUCCAGUCGCUUCUUCCUGUUUCCAACUUGAAAUUGCAACGUGUAGUCCUUACACAACCGCGUUUCUUGUGAUACGCUCUAAUGACCUUGGACACUUGCAGCAUCGUGUGACGACUUGCUUGUGAUUUCGAUCUGUUGCCAUGUAUGACCCAAUUUGAUUUUCAGCACGGUUUACAUUUUGGCGCCUAUUUGCAUUCCGCCUUUUUCCACCGUCCUGUUUAUGUUUUGGUCAUGCACUACAACGAACUGUCACUUUUGGUGUUUCUUCCAUUGAUUCGAUUUCCCGUCGUUAUUGGGGUCCUUAGUUCCAAGCUGGAGGAUGCAUUCUCGGUGGCAACCAAUGUGGAUGGCUGCACAUCUGCGGACCAACUUGUUCGGAAAUAACACCCACCAGCAACACCACUGGCGGAGUAGGUUAUUCACAUU